CGACAGACGACACGUAGCAGACGACGCGCCUGGACCGGGGCGAGCCGAGUCGCAGUCAGUCAGUGUGACGCGCAGGGUGAGGCCGCCGGGCAGCAGCAGAAGCAGGAGCAGCAGCAGCAGCAGCAGCACGCCGCUCUCUCGAGACGGACCCCGUGACCGACCUGGGGCGCAGCGGAACACCGUGUCCUCGUCGUCGUCGUCGCGGCGAAAAAUGCUUUGAGCCGCUGUCCGUCCGCACCUCCCCGACGACGCCCUCCGCCGGGUGGCUGCACAGCCGGGCAACCUCGUCGCGUCCGCGGGUCGACGUCGUGGUGUGUUUUAUCCUCCCGUUUUAGUCCUCGCCGGACCGGCCGCUCCCCAAGAUGAUCCCCAAGAUCAAGUUGCCGCGGUUCACGCGGACCCAGUGGUUGACGCUGAUCGUGUUCAGCAUAGCCGACUUCUGCAACGCAAUCUGCGUGUCGCUGCAGGCGCCCUUCUACCCCAAAGAGGCCGAGGCCCAUGGUGCGACACCCUCAGAAUAUGGACUCGUUUUCGGAGUGUUCGAACUGGUUGUUUUCAUCAUCAGCCCUAUUUAUGGACAGCACCUAAACAGAAUAGGACCUAAAUUCCUUUUCAACGGGGGAAUUUUCACAACCGGUGUCUGUGCUAUUUUGUUUGGGAUGCUGGACAAGGUGAACGGGCACUACCCCUUCAUCGUUCUGUCGUUCCUCAUCCGGAUCAUCGAGGCCAUGGGCAAUGCCGCCUUCCUCACCGCUUCUUUCGCCAUCAUUGCGAAAGAGUUUCCAGACAACGUCGCCACCACCUUCGCAUCGCUCGAGACGUUCUUCGGGCUGGGCCUGAUCGUCGGGCCAACGGUGGGCGGUGCUCUAUACCAGGUCGGCGGCUACAUGACUCCCUUCGCCGUCCUCGGCUCUGCGCUGUUCCUGUCGGCCAUCAUGACGGCCUUCGUGCUGCCGGACCACGGGCAGCACGAGAGCGAGCCGUCGCAGGGCGCCAGCCUGCUGCAGGUGCUCAAGAUCCCCGGCGUGCUGCUGGCGGCCGCCUCCAUCAUCGUCACCUCGAUGAGCAUCGGCUUCCUGUCGGCCACCCUGGAGCCCCACCUCCGCGCCUUCCACCUGACGCCCGUCGUGCUCGGCCUCAUGUUCGUCAUCAACGGCGGCACCUACGCGCUGACGGCGCCCUGCUGGGGCAUGCUCUGCGACCGCGUCAUCGCGCCCAAGAUGGCGACCGUCAUGGGCUGCCUGCUCAUCAUCGUGGGCUUCUCGCUGGUCGGGCCCGCGCCGUUCAUCCCCUCCGACACUGUGCUGUCCAUGAGCAUCAUCGGUCUCGUUCUGCACGGCCUUGGCAUCGCUGCCCAGCUUGUCGCCUCCUUCACCGACGCCUUACGGACCUCCAUCGCGCACGGGUUCCCCAACAACCUCGAGACGUACGGCCUCAUCUCUGGCCUGUGGACGUCAACCUUCGCGCUCGGCGCCUUCAUCGGCCCGACCGUUGGCGGCAUCCUCUUGGACUGGGUCGGCUUCAGGAAAGGCUCCAUGUUCGUCGUGGGACUCAACGCUGUCGUGUGCGUGAUGGUGUUCAUCUUCCUGUGCCUGUCGCGGCGGCGCGCCCAGUACAAGGAGGUGGUGAACGAGGAGGACCUGAAGCAGCUGAGCUACACGCUGUCGUCGGACCACGGCCCGACCUCCAACGGCUACCUGGCGGCCAACGGCUCGUCCAACGGCCACGCCAACCCGUGCGCCAUCGAGCGGCCGCCGGGCAUGAACGGCAUCAUCGCCACCAACUCGUACAAGAACCGGCACGGCACCUGGCACCGCAAGGAGGCGGGCGCCGUGCUCAUCGGGCCGUACAGCACGAGCUACGGCAGCCUCGAGUCGCGCGGCUUCCUCUCCAGCGUCAAAUAGAGCGCGGCCCGACCCGACCUGGCCCGGCAGGUACCUUAACUAGUGGGGUGGACGGGACGGUGGUGUUUUGUUUGUUAACGUGGCGGCGCACUUCGGAUCCCACCCCCCCAAAAGCUCGGCUCCUUCCGACGCAGCUAACCUGUCUAUUAGAGCUACCCAAAUAACCUUGCGCUCGUGUUACUUAUGUGACCCGUUUUGGCGGUGUAGAUGUCUCUCUCUCUCUCUCUCUCUUGGUUUUCUGUGUCCUCGUAUGAAGUAGUCGGCUUGUGGUGAGGGGGAUGGUGGUGCUGGUGUUGGUAGUCGUGCCCCGCGGCCCCAGACUGGCCGUAUGUUGUUGGUGACUGAAUCAAAAACCAUGUGAUAGCCCAGUCGAGCUUCACGAUAAGACCGACUGGACGUGUAAGCAAGCUCCCAUAUACCCAUUUGUGAAUUUGUUCGAUGGGAAUAGCGUCGCCUAGAAUAUCGUUAAAAUAUUGUACAUACAAUUUUUAAAAAAUCAUUUUUAACAUAAGUUAUUUUUGUUAUCGCCCCUCCACAGGGUAAGAGGAAAUUAUCUAGUCCUUUCUUUCUUUGAGAUAAGCCGCAAUCCUUUAGAGAACAAUUUACCAGCGGGAGCGGUGACUUUCAUGAAAGUAGAAGUUGGUUUCCGACCAAAUAUAGUUUUACCGAAGCUUCGAGAUUGAAGUUGUUUUUAACUUACUGCCAUAUUAAUUUUUAACAAACGCAAACUUUAAUUUUCACUACUUCAACAUGUGAAUACUUUUAAGAGUCAUACUAUGAAGUCAUAUUCUUUCAUGGUGAAAAUAAAAAUAAAUAGUGAGAAUGAAAAGCCGGUAAGAUAGUGUUUAGUUGUUUGUAUGUGUAUUGUAAACUCAUGUCUAAUUGGGUACAAAAUUUCAACGGAGGGUUUUAACAGCAUUCUCAUCACUAUGAGCUUUCUUACGUUUUGUGACCUUUUCACCCUGUUUGGUUCUGUGACCGAUCAAAAUUAUAAAAUUUCCAAGAAUACAGAGGGUCAUGUUUUUUCUGCCAUCAAAACCAUUAAGUCUGCAUUAUUGUUGUAAAUAUGUACUUACAGUUACGUUUGUUACGUUUAUAUUUUUAGAAAGAUAAGUGUAUUUAUGUGGGUUUGAGCGAGUGUGAGUAUUUGUGUUGAAUGUGUGUUGAAACUAUAUCCAUUUUAAUAAGUUGUAUAAAUGUAAUUACCGAAAGCUCCAAUAAAGAGCCAAUGCGAUGUUAUAAAAA